UUCAAAAUCUACAUAGUCACGAGACACUAGGAGUCGGGCGCGGGAUCGUGUCAGAGGUACGCGGGUACGGGCGUGCGGCUUCCGGGAGGAACGGCGCGCAGACGCGCGGGCGGCGGGACGAGUUCAGGCCGUUCUGCGGGCUUCAGGGUCGCAAUUGGGAGCGGGUCGAGCGUCAGGUCUAGCGCGACGCCGGCAGGGAGCGCGGGAGUGCUGCGCGCGGAACGGGAGGCCGGGUCGGACGUCGGGAGCGGGUCGCGUUCGCGCGGCUGCGGGGAGGGAGAAAUUAUUACGUGCGGAGUCCCGAGCUACGUCGUCAAUUCCUUCAAUUAAUUCCUUCAGGACAUGGAAGCAAUUCCUUCAAAUUAUCAGGCUGCCACUUUAGUUGCUGUUCCAUCAUAUCCCAAUUCCUUAGUGUGGUCGAAGGAGAACUUGGUGGCUAUUUCUUCGGAGCAUCUCAUCACUAUUCUGAAUCCAGCUUCACUUUCUAGUGCUCGGGCAAUGAUCACACUUCGCCAGAACAAACCUUUCCGUAUAGGUUUGGUGGAAAGAAAUGAUUUUACCCCCUGUUUACAACCUAUUUGUUUGUCAAGGGACACUCUUCCAUGUGCUCGGUCAAUUUCUUGGUCUCCUCCAGGACUUGCACCAAACUCGGGAUGUUUUCUUGCUGUCUGCACCUCUGAUGGCCGUGUAAAGCUUUAUCGAGCACCAUAUUGUGAGUACAGCUCCGAAUGGAUUGAGGUGAUGGAUAUCUCUGACCUUUUGUUUGAUCAUAUCACUAAUAUCAAUUUCAACGAGUGGAAUGACUUGCCUUUGGUCAGUCAAAGUGUAAAAGCCCGUAGCAGUAAGCUUAGUAGAUCAAUUAAUGGGUUUACAGAUUCUGCUUGUGGCAAGUCUUCCAGAGGUAGAAAGAGAAAGAGGCCAAGUUGCAACAUUGAGGACAUGCAUGCUGAUUCUAUAGGAGAAGCAGCGCUGCAGAAAUCAAAUCUAGAUAUUAUUAGCCUGGGCACAUGUUAUGGCAGGGAUGGGAUUACUUUCGAGGAUAUUGAGGCAAACCCUGAGAAUGGCGAUAGGAAUAGCAUACAUCGUAGCUCUAAAUUACCCUAUAUCACUGCCCAACAAUAUGCUUCUCGUAGUGCAGUAUUAUCAUCCCUGGUUGUUUCCUGGUCCCCAGUAUUGCAAUCUUCUGAAACGUGCUGUGCUAUACUUUCUGCUGGUGCAAAAUCGGGUGCAGUUUCUUUUUGGAGGAUUUGUGAGCCCCAAUACUUUACUAUAAAGCAUGGAAACAUUCCUGUGAAUGCAAUGCUCAUUGGUCUUAUUCAGGCUCAUAAUUCAUGGAUCACUGCAAUUUGUUUUGCCAUUUCUGCUGCUAGUUCUUUAAAGUCUCAGCUGUUCUUGGCCACUGGCUGUUCCGAUGGAAGUGUGAAGAUUUGGUCCGGCAAUGUUGAAGGAUUCCUAUCGGCAGCAGAGUUUAAGAAUGAUUGCUUUUUAUUAUUAGCAGAGGUGACAACUGCAACAUCUGUUCCUGUUUCGACAAUUGCUUUGGUUAUUUCAGCUAAAUCUCCAGAGCAAGUUUUUUUAGCUGUAGGAAGAGGAGCUGGACAGUUGGAAGUGUGGAUCUAUGAUAUAUUAAGCAAGAAACUUCGUUUUGUUGCUGACUAUAAUGCACACGAACAAGUGGUAACUGGUUUGGCUUGGGCUUUUGAUGGUUGUUGCUUGUAUAGUUGUAGUCAG